AUGCUUGGGUGGGGUGUGGAUCGGUUACGUGCCGAUAUGAACCGUUUGCUAGCAAUGCUAUUCCACCAGGGAGUGCUAGAUGAGCAAUUCUUGCAGCUCCAGCAACUUGAGGAUGAAAGCUCUCCAAACUUCGUAUCAGAAGUGGUCAAUAUCUACUUCCAUGAAUCCGAGAAACUUUUACGGAAUCUCAGAGGCCUCUUGAUGGAUAGAGAGUUCUCGGACUACAAGAAAAUGGGAACCCAUUUGAAUCAGCUCAUUGGAAGCAGCUCCAGCAUUGGUGCCAAAAGAGUCAGAAAUGUGUGCGUUUCCUUUCGAGCCGCUUCUGAGCAAAACAGCCGCGCUGGGUGCUUGAGAGCUUUGGAGCUGCUAGAGCACGAGUACUGCUACCUCAAGAACAAGUUGCACGAACUGUUCCAAAUGGAUCAACUGAGAGUACUGGCAGCUGGAGUGACGUAUCCACCGCAGCCGCAGCAUUGA